AUGGCAAGCUUGGAGCCCUUUCUGGUGGCUUGUUGCGCAUGGAACAGGACGUUGCAGACGAUCGAGGCCAAGCUGAAGGUGCUGGACUACUAUGAGGGCUUGCUCAAAGAGAAGCGGAAGGCUGCACAAGUACUUUGUGCCCCAAAGCAAAGUGCUCGAACACGCGAGUCCAAAGCGUCACUCGCAGAACAAAGGAAGCAAGCGAAGGACGUGAAAGCUCGGAACCUGCAGCGACUCUGCGAGGAAAAAUUCCCCCUGACGGUCAAGAAGUCCAUGGUCUGCAGGUGGCUCAAAGCUUCCAAACGGGAGGCCUGGCGUGACUUGCCUUCGCUGCUCAGGAGCCGGAUGUGUGCAACCACGAAUGCCUGGCGUGUUCGUUUGGGCCUUCAAGCCAAGGGCCGCACCAAGGGUGGCGCCUACCCGUGCGACCUACAAAGGGAGCUGGAUUGGCUCGUGUACGAGCACGCCAACGGACUUUCAUCUGUAUCAGCACGGCACGAGGUGGUGACAAUCGAACACGUCGAGACGAUGACCGGUUUGGUCAACGACUGGAAUGCUGGUCUGGACGUGGCCACGCAGGCAGUGAUGGAUCACAACGAGGGCGUGUCCCAGCAAGUACACGCUGGAACGAUGUCUGCGGAGCAGGCAACGAGGGAUGCACAGGCCCUCACCAUGGUCCUACCGAAGCCUCGCCCUUUGAAGCCGCCGUCGAGACAAUGGGCUUCCUGGUUCUUGCGGCAGUAUGGGUGGUCGCUCCUGAGUCGCGGGAACGACACCCAGCUUUCUCUUCCAUACUGCCACGAGGAUAUGAGGCGAGCUCGAGAAGCCUACCGUGCCUUGGUCGACGACAAGGGCGUGCAUGGUGCGCUGGUGUUGAACUUCGACCAGCUUUGGAGAACUGCGUGGGGCUCGAACUCGAAACUUCUGUUCAAGACUGGCUGUCCGGGGGAGCCAUCGCAGAAGUCGAAGGCUGGAGCACGGACAUCGAAAAAAAUCGAUGCCGUGAAGCACCAGCGCCGAGGGAUGACGGCAGUCACCACGUCGUGGAGCGAUGGGACCGCCGGUCCCAUCGCGUUCUGCGUCCCUGAAGGACGCAUCUCGGCCGAGGAGAUGGCGAAGUUCAACAAGGAGCACAGGGGGCGAUCGUACGUGCUGUCGUCCGGCAGCAAAACUCACUUCCUCACCGCGGACACCCUCUUGAUCCUCUACGAACAGCUCUUUUCCCCAGCCUUGGUGCUGCAGCGACAGAGGCAUGGCGUGGGCACAGAGGAUGGCAAAGCCGCGUUCCUCUGCGAUGCCUGGUCUGGUACUUUCGCAAACAGCAGGGGCGAGGACUUGCGAAGGACCACCUUCUACCAGGAGCACAACAUCGUCCCCCCUCGUCUUCAACCUGGCGGCUGGAGUUCUCACGGACAGCCAGUUGAUCAGAUGCACGCGUCUUACCGGAAGAACAUCCGGAGGCUAGACGUGUGUGCCAUCGGCAUGAACCCAGAUCUCCGGUCCCGGCCCCGAUUUGAGGACUUGACUCUGAGGGCAUCAGGGCAAGUUGCGCAGGACGCGCGCCCCAUGAUCGAGAUCGCCAAAAUCAGUCUCGAGGCAUGGAAGCAACUUGAUAGGGCGGUGUUCCAAGCUGCCUGGGUCAUCUGUGGCUACACCACAGUGGAAGAGCUGUCGGUGUACGAUGGUCAGCUUGCAGCUGUGGGCAUGGAUGCUGAGGUGGCACAGCAGACGCUGUCCGACUUGUUUUCAAAGUAUGGCAAGCAUUUCACACCGCAGCUCUGCACAGCAAUGGAGUGGCAAGUGAAGGCAACCGUCGGUGAUGUUUGGACGCCACUACCCUACGAGUUUGCUGGCGCGGUGGUGAGGACAAUGGUUUUGCAUGUGCGCAAGCUGCAGGCCGCCAGGGAGGAGUGCCAGAACCUGAGGGAGCGUGACCCGGCCGAAGCCCUCGAGAAGACGGUGCAAGCAAAACGAGAAGUUGCAAAGCUCGAGGAUGGAAAACGGUACAUUGUGAUGAAUCGACGGACUGGCCAAAUCGCCACGGUCGACUGGUUGACCAAGCAUGUGAAGGUGUCCGAAGGCCGCCCUGAACCCAAAGAUGCCAGGACCAAGAUUUGGAUCAUGACCCUGGUGUUUCGUCUGCUUGCCGGGGAGCGCGUGUCGCUCGCCCUGUCGAUGUCCAAUGGCGAGCCUCCACUGCCUGUAAGAUGCUGGCGCCUGGACGGGGUGGAACGAGACCAGCUGCCGGAGCUCGUGGGAGGUUACCAGCAUGUGUUGGAGGAAGAUGAGCCGUUUCAGCACGAGGAUGGGCCCAUGUAG